AACAUAAAUUUGGCAACAUUGUAGCACGCUGUACUAAAAAAUAAAAGCGAGAUUUUUUUACAAGUUUUGGAAAAAAUCUGCAAAUUUUAUAUUAUUUUUGAUAUUUGAUAAAACAAUCUACAAAGCAAAAUGUCGAAAGCUCAUCCCCCAGAAUUAAAAAAAUACAUGGACAAACGUAUGCUACUAAAAUUAAAUGGUGGCCGCUCCGUUGCCGGUAUAUUGCGUGGCUUUGAUCCUUUUAUGAAUGUUGUGCUGGAUGAAACGGUUGAAGAAUGCAAAGAUAGUACUAGAAACAAUAUUGGUAUGGUAGUUAUACGCGGUAACAGCAUUGUAAUGGUAGAAGCAUUGGAUCGGGUUUAGCAUUGUUUACAUUUGUGCAGCCGCAAAAUUUCGUAAUAUAUUCCAUAUUUGUAUAUAGGAUAAAAUGCAAAAUAAAAUAUGCACAACAAGUGAAUUGAUGUAUUUUAUCUGUAACCUUAAACAAAUUAUCUUUAUGUUCAGAAAUUUAUUUGGCGUUUGUAAAAAACUAAAGCUGGCAAGAUCCAUAGUACAUUUGUAUAUCCUAAGUUAGUUUAUAUAGUAAGUAAUAAAGUAUCAUCUUUUAAUACUUGAA